CCGACUUCCGACUAUCUUAAGCGCUCUUCAUCAACCAAACGUUCCGUACAGCUUUUCUAUUCGCUCAAGGUUGCGGGGUAAGGUUCAGAAUGCAUAUAUUGCCGAGAGAACACGAGAAGUUGUUCUUGCACCAGGCUGGCUUUCUAGCUCAAAAGCGACUCGCUAGAGGCCUACAGCUCAAUAUCAACGAAGCUAUCGCUUUGAUUGCUUCUCAAUUGCAAGAACGUAUACGUGAUGGACAGCAUUCGGUCGCUGACUUGAUGCAGCACGGGAAAACCUUAUUGGGGAGAACACAUGUCUUACCCAGCGUUCCACCCCGUCUACACGAGAUACAGGUAGAAGGAACGUUCCCAGAUGGCGUAUUCCUAGUCACUGUACACGAUCCCAUCUGCACGGAUCAUGGCAACCUAGAUGCCGCCCUCUAUGGAUCUUUCCUUCCUGUACCUUUACAGAACAAAUUCCCUGCUGCGGAGACCACAGUUAUCUCACGCGAAAGCCUUCCAGGAGCUAUCAUCGCCAAGAAAGAGAGGAUUACCAUCAACAAGGGACGCACACGCAUCAAGUUGAAGGUCACUAACCACGGCGAUCGUCCAAUUCAGGUCGGGUCUCAUUACCAUUUCGCCGAAACUAAUGGCGCCCUGGAAUUCGAUCGCGUCAAAGCAAACGGGACGCAUCUUGAUAUUCCCGCUGGCACUGCUAUUCGCUUUGAGCCCGGCGACUCCAAGACCGUCACAUUGUGUACUAUUGCGGGUACUAAAACCAUAACUGGUGGCAACUCCAUUGCCUCUCGCAUGGGGAAUGCUCUGAGGAUGGGUACCCACAUUGACAAGGGGUUCAUACUAGAGACUUUCCGACACUGCCCAGAACCUGAUGCGCUCAAUGUACACGAGGACACUACUAUUGGCCGCCAGGAGUACAUCUCCAUGUAUGGGCCCACGGUUGGUGACCGCGUUAGGCUUGGUGAUACCAGUCUAUGGAUCCAAAUCGAGAGAGAUGAGGCCUAUUAUGGCGACGAAGUCAAAUUCGGCGGAGGCAAGACUAUCCGAGAAGGCAUGGGCCAGAAAACUAGUCGCCGAUACCUGGAGGGUAACCUAGACCUCGUCAUCACGAAUGCAGUUAUCAUUGACUGGAGCGGGAUAUACAAGGCAGACAUCGGAGUAAAGGCGGGCAGGAUCGCUGGAAUAGGCAAAGCCGGCAACCCCGACGAAAUGGCCUGUUGCACCCCCAACAUGACUAUCGGCUCCUCAACGGAGGUCAUCGCGGGCGAGAAGCUCAUCGUGACUGCGGGCACUAUCGACGCACAUGUACAUUAUAUCUGUCCGCAACAAGUCACCGAAGCGCUUGCAGCGGGCACGACGACGAUGAUAGGGGGCGGGACGGGUCCAAGCGCCGGGACAAAUGCUACGACAUGCACAUCGAGCCCGUUCUACUUGCAGACGAUGCUUGCGGCGACGGAUGGGCUUCCGAUGAACUUUGCAUUUACCGGGAAGGGGAAUGACUCGGGAAGGUAUGCGUUGGAGGAUAUCGUUCGUGCAGGUGCGGCGGGCUUGAAAUUGCAUGAGGACUGGGGUUCUACUCCAACUGUGAUCUCGAACGCCCUGGACGUUGGCGAUGAGUUUGACGUUCAGGUCAACAUCCAUACGGACACUCUUAAUGAGAGCGGUUUUGUGGAGGACACGAUCAAGGCUUUUGGUGGUCGUACUAUCCAUACGUAUCACACGGAAGGCGCGGGUGGUGGUCACGCUCCAGACAUCAUCGUCGUGUGCGGUUUGGAAAAUGUCCUUCCCUCAUCUACCAACCCCACACGACCUUACGCCACGAACACCCUAGACGAACACCUUGACAUGUUGAUGGUUUGCCACCACCUUGACAAAUCGAUUCCCGAGGACGUGGCAUUUGCAGAGUCUCGCAUCCGAGCAGAGACGGUAGCGGCAGAAGACGUCCUGCACGAUACCGGUGCGAUAUCUAUGAUCAGCUCUGAUUCUCAGGCUAUGGGACGUGUCGGAGAAGUUACCUCCAGAACAUGGCGUACUGCAAGCAAGCUCAAGGACUUCAGAGGUCCGCUGGCUGAGCUUGACGAUACAAGCGAGAGCGAUAAUGGACGGGUCAAGAGAUAUGUGGCCAAGUAUACUAUCAACCCCGCGAUCACGCACGGUAUCAGCCACCUUGUCGGCUCAGUAGAGGUCGGAAAGCUCGCCGACCUUGUCCUUUGGAAGCCCGAGAACUUUGGCGCGAAACCUGAAAUGGUGCUGAAAUCAGGAGUGAUAGCGUGGGCUCAGAUGGGCGACGCAAACGCUUCAAUUCCGACCGUACAGCCAACCUGUGGCAGACCGAUGUGGGGUUCCUUCCCUUCUGCAGCCGCGCUCAACUCGGUCGCGUUCGUCUCUCGGGUCUCGAUCGAGACUGGUACUAUCGCUUCAUAUGGACUUUCCAAGCGAACGGAGGCUGUUGUCAACUGUAGGAAUGUGACCAAGAAAGAUAUGAAGUGGAACGAUACGCUGCCGAACAUAUCUGUUGAUGCAGAAAACUAUGAGGUGAAGGUGGAUGGCAUGUUAGCUGAUAUCGAGCCUGCGACCAAGCUGCCUCUUGGGAAAGAGUAUAAUUUUUUCUGACGGCCGAACACAAAAACAAAAACAAAACAAAAAAUGAAGACCGUGUAUACUAGUGUAUUGUACCCGUGUUGUACCAGUGUAAAAGUGCCAAUGGAAAUGAACCGACCCGUUUUCGGCAUAAAUGCAAAUCACCUCAUCACCUA